UUUCGCCCUGGCUCGGAUUGCAACACCUCAUCAAAGCAACCGUGUGAGAGCGAUCGUGCAAAAUAAGGAGUGUGUGCGAUGUGCAGUUUUGUCGAACAUAAUGUUCCUUCAGUGAGCGAGCUCUAAUGUCUUUCGGUAUUCAAUCCAAGCUGGUUACGUAGUAGCUCGGGUCAACGCGUUUAUUAUAAGUGACAUCAAUUUGUUCGUGCGGAUUUUGGUGGAGAAUCUGUUUUUGACUCAAAUCCAAAGGUCACUGUGCUGAUAGCAAUCAUUGUACUGCUUUUAUCCUUAGCUAUUAUCAACUAGUGAGAUAACAGAAUGUAACCCACGGUGGUGAGAGGUAGCAGAGAGGCACUACCUAUCAAAGCAACCCAGAAUAAGAGUUUCUGUGAUGUGAUGUGAAGUGAUGUGCUGACGCGUCAUCCAGCAGAAAUCGUACUUAGCACGGUGUCUAACCAAGGUGGCAGUGUGUAUUUUUACUGAAUUGCAUGUAAAUUAAAAAAAACUAAUCACCAAUUAAAUACAGAGCUCGAAACAACCAUUGCAGCGUGUCAAAAGCAACAGGUAGAAAAAUAAACCGUACAACAAUACGCAGUGAUAGGCAUCAAUUCGUUUACACACGAGAGAGAGAGGCACGGCGUGCCCGAAACAUUCGGACUGCGGACUUACGCCGAUAGAAGGCGACAGUGACAGCGAACGAUUCGAACCGGUGGCACGAUUGGCACGCUCGUGGUAAUAUGGAGGCCAAACCGGUGCAGGUGAUCGAAACCCUAGAGGACCACACCUUCGUGCUGAACGAGGAUGCCCUGAACGAGAUUCUGCUGCAGGAGAAUGUACGGGAUCGAACCGUGUGCGUCGUGUCGGUUGCCGGCGCGUUCCGGAAGGGCAAAAGUUUCCUGUUGGAUUUUUUCCUCCGCUACAUGUAUUCGAAGUACGUUCACCAUCAGAACGCCUCCGAGUGGCUGGGAGACGAAAACGAACCGCUGACCGGUUUUUCGUGGCGGGGCGGCAGCGAACGCGACACAACCGGUAUUCUGAUGUGGUCGGACAUCUUUCUGCAUGAUACAGCUAACGGCGAAAAGCUGGCAAUUCUUCUGAUGGACACCCAGGGUGCCUUCGACAGUCAGAGUACCGUUCGGGAUUGCGCCACAGUGUUCGCGCUCAGUACAAUGCUUUCGUCCGUACAGAUUUACAAUCUUUCCCAGAACAUCCAGGAAGAUGACCUCCAGCAUUUACAGCUAUUCACAGAGUACGGUCGGUUGGCGCUGGCCGACAGUGGUAAAAAGCCCUUCCAGCGGUUGCAGUUUCUGGUGCGCGACUGGAGCUUCCCAUACGAAGCGGAGUACGGUGCCUUGGGAGGAGAGGUGAUUCUAAAGCGGCGGCUGGAGGUUCAGGACAAGCAACACCCGGAGCUGCAAUCGCUGCGGAGGCACAUCACGUCGUGCUUCACCGAGAUCGCGUGCUUCCUGAUGCCACAUCCCGGUCUCACUGUAGCGACGAAUCAAACGUUCGACGGUCGGUUGGCGGACAUCACCACCGAGUUUAAGAACAGUCUCAAGGAGCUGGUGCCGAUGUUGCUCGCACCUCAGAACAUAAUCGCAAAGGAAAUCAACGGACAAAAGGUCAGGGCGCGCGAUCUGGUACAGUACUUCAAAUCGUACAUGACAAUUUACAAAGGUAAUGAACUACCGGAACCGAAAAGCAUGCUGGUGGCAACCGCCGAAGCUAACAACCUGACCGCGGUAGCGGCGGCUAAAGACAUAUAUUCGCAAUUGAUGGAGGACGUCUGCGGCGGAGCCAAGCCAUAUCUGAGCACAGCCCAUCUGGACUCCGAGCACAAUCGAAUAAAGGAGAAAGCAUUGCAUCAAUUCUCUUCUAAACGCAAGAUGGGUGGCGAGGAGUUUUCGGAAAAAUACCGUGAGAAACUGGAGCAGGAUCUGGAUGAAUCGUAUGUGACCUUCAAAGCGCACAACGAAAGCAAGAACAUUUUCAAAGCAGCGCGGACACCGGCCGUCUACUUCGCGAUUGCCGUAGUAAUGUACAUUUUCAGUGGCAUCUUCGGACUGGUCGGUUUGUACACGUUCGCCAACUUCGCCAACCUCAUCAUGGGUAUCGCCCUGCUGACGCUCGCUACGUGGGCAUACAUCAGGUACAGCGGCGAGCUGAGCGAUUUCGGCGUGCGGUUAGAUGACAUCGCGAAUCUGCUGUGGGAAAAUAUCAUGAAACCGAUUUAUCAAUCCUGCAUGGAGAAGGGUAUCCAGCAUGUGGCAAGCCACGCGACCGAAUACGCCAUCGGCGGUGCGGCCGGCGGAACGGCAGCAGGCUUUUCGUCGUCCCGGUCGGCCGGCGGAAUGCGUCAGCUGAAUGGCAAGGUAAAAUAUUCUUGAGAGUACGCCACUAGUGGCACUGCAAACGCUCAGUCGGCGGGUGGAGGAUGGUGGUCGCGGUCGUUCGGCGCUCAACCAGCGUCAACCUCGUCCGCCAGUCGAACCGGCUGGUGGACAUCAUCAGCCAACCACGCUCACAGCAAUGGCAGCAACAGUAGGUUUAGUACCGUUAGCGAUAGUUUUAGAGAUAGUAAUACUAUUAACAACAAAACUAAGCGAAAUAACAACACCGACAAAAACAACAGCAGAACAAGCUGUGUGAUACAGGUUAGCGCUAGCGCCAACACUGAGAAAGUCGGCAAAGCAAGUCGCAGAACGACGAACAAAAUUUAAAAGCAUGCAUUGAAGAACGGCUUGCCAACAAACAACUGACGGCAGGUACCCUAGCAAUAAAACCAGAACCAUUUAUGUUGCAUUUUUGGUUUAUUUUUUCUUGUUUACCAAUCUUGUUGUUUUAUAAAAAAAUAUACUAUACUAGAUCUUGCUCCGAACGCUGUUGUUACGAAUUUCAGCAAAUACAAUUUAAGCGGACUCACGCGUUUUAUCAAAAUAUAGGUACUUUUUGGCCGUAAAAAUUAAAAGGUACGAGAAAAAAUUGACGAUUAGCUUGAAUCAAUUCUAAAAUGUGCCAAAUCGGAAACCCCGCUUAAUCGAUGCUUUUUCUUGCCAACAGACAACAGACAAAUUUGCUGACAGUACCAGUUUGAUUCUCGUUUUGUUCAACGUUAUGAAUGAUUUCAGAUAUUUUUUCCCCAAAUCCGUAGCAAUAAACGCAAAACUCCACAAGUAGAAUGUGAAGAACACUGUAAAUAUGUACUAAAUAAGGUGAAAUUUGCGCGGCUAAUGACAACAAUUACAGACAUGAUAUCUAGAGUAAUUUUCCCUUUUUGUUUGUGAGCCGAACUCGAAUUUCUAGAGAAAAAAAGCAUGCUUCAGAAAAGAAAGACAAGCGACAGGAAUGUUUUUUUUUUGUAGGGAUGAGAAGAUUAUAAUGCAAUAUAUUUAUUAGCGGAUUUAGUGUAACUAAAAACAAGAUGAGUUCUUCGUAAAAAUCAUUAAUCGUAGUAAGAGGCCAUUGUUAAAUACUUUAUCCGGUCUAAGGCAGACCUUCGAUAGUUUUUACUUUCAUUCUCGAACAAAAACCGGUCCCCAGCCGACCAGUACUAGUAAUCCUUUUAGAACAUCCAUCAAAACAAAAAACAUACAAAAAUGUGACGCAAAAAUGUUUCCGUAUUGUGCUCAAUAGAUGUGUUUUCGUACCUUAUUUGUGUCCGCGUUGUGUUCUACUUUCUAUCGUUACGUCGCUUCUCAUGCGUGUACAAGCAAGCAGGUUAAAAUUUAUAGAUAACGCAAAACGAUUCGAUAAGAUAGCAAAUAAUAUUUGACGAAAAAGCAGCAGAAAAAAAGUCUGCGUUCGCACCUUACAAACUGAAAAAAAAGAACAAAUCGCCUGUCAUCAGCCAGAGGGAAUACAUAUGAUAAUGAUAACGGAUUGGGGGCGAUCACGUGGUAGACGAAAAAAAAACAUUGAACUGCAUUCAACCGCCGGGUGGCGGGCGGGGGGUGUAAUAUGACAACGGUUAAGAUGUGAAUUAUUUUUAUAUUAAAGUUACACAAA